GCGGCCCGCCUCCCGCCCGGCACUCGGAGCGGCGCGGGGCCGGGAUUGAGCUCAGCCUCAGCAGGAGCCGAGGAGCGAGCGGGCCGGCCAUGGGCAACUCAGCUUCCAAACAGUUCAAUAAUGAGGUCCUGAAGGCCCACAAUGAGUACCGGCAGAAGCACGGUGUCCCCCCGCUGAAGCUCAGCAAGAAGCUCAACCAGGAGGCUCAGCAGUAUUCUGAGGCCCUGGCCAGCACAAGGAUCCUCAAGCACAGCCCGGAGUCCAGUCGUGGCCAAUGCGGGGAGAACCUGGCCUGGGCAUCCUACGAUCAGCCAGGAAAGGAGGUGGUUGAUAGAUGGUACAGUGAAAUCAAGAACUACAACUUCCAGCAGCCAGGCUUUACCUCAGGGACAGGACACUUCACAGCCAUGGUGUGGAAGAAUACGAAGAAGAUGGGAGUAGGGAAGGCAUCUGCAAGUGAUGGGUCCUCAUUUGUGGUGGCCAGAUACUUCCCUGCAGGGAAUGUUGUCAACCAAGGUUUCUUCGAGGAAAAUGUCCUGCCUCCAAAGAAGUAAUCUGUGAAAUCUAAUGGGAAGGUGGCAAACUUAAGAACAUGGAUGUGAAGUGCCUAGAACAACAAAAACUCAGUUGUGUGUCUGUCCCUGUGAAUGUAUGUGCUUAUGUGUGUGAUGCGCGUGAAUGUCUCUUGUACACACACUUGGAUAUACAGUUCUGCAUGAACUCAUUCUUAUCAAAGGAAUGAGCAUAUGAAGCAUUUAUCGCGAUGGUUACCUAGACUACAAUGAUUUGGACUUUAGGGGGAAAACCAAUUUUUAAAUUUUUUUUGUUAUUUUUUUAAGCAAACAUCUUUUGUACCUUUCUUACUUAUAACAUCCAUCCCUCGACUUUUUGUGUUCCAAAUGUUUAUGAUACUAAGAAGUGAAGUUGAUUUUAUGUGAUUUUCAUGCAGUGUAAUCUACUUUUGGUAGAAAUUGAAGAACAUUAAACUCUCAUUUAAAUGUG